UUCCCAAUCUUGGACUCCGAGUGUCUCGUCUUCGUCGUCGUCAUCCGUCCAUGGCGUCGCCGUUGCCAUCGACCCACAGCGAUACCCUGCGACCACGACGUCCGACGCGUAGUAUUCCACCCGUUCCGCUCGACAUUCCCACCGACACCGACAGCCCUUCGGAAGUCCUCGUCGAUUCGCCCACUCCCACUUGUGCCAACGAUGUCACUGACCUUUCUCCAAUCCGUGCUCACUAUCUCAAGAAAUCCCUCAUACAGCUGCAGUUCCAGGAGGAACUUGCUUUACUGACGUCGUCUCCAUCGUCGAAUCCGUUCUCGCAUAUCGGCCCGCCGUUUUCGCCGCCUCCCGAAGGUGCUACCCCACUGGACUUGCCUUUCUUAAGAUUCAUGUUCCGACAAUUCGUACUGACUUUUCCCUUCAUGGCCGCUGCACCAAAGGACUUCUACUCAGACAAGCUACAGCCCUUCCUUACGGCUGUGCUAUCGCGGAAUCUCUCGCCGACUUCACCUUUCGACGAGGAGAAUGGCGAAGAAGCUACACGGAUGAAACUUCUAGCCAAAUUGGAGAGAAAUCUAAGUAUGUUUCUCGGUGCUGCAACGAAGCUGGCGGAGUCCGAGGAGGUGGUGAGAUUGGGUCAAGCCGACCUCGACAGACUUGAGGAGUUGGCUCGUAAGAGACAAGCAAAAAAUAUGCGCAAGAGAGACAUAUUUGAAGUCAACAUUGUCAGUGUACGUACAGUGGUCGACAAGGGGCGGAUGCGAAGUCGUAUACACGAGGAAUUCAUCAUCCGAACGCGACGUUCUCAUCAUCCAGAUCACUUUGUCUCGCGGAGAUACGGAGACUUUCGUACACUAGCUAAUGAGCUACGGAAGGCGCAUCCGAACGAAGAUAUUCCCCCGCCUCCCGCCAAAGACCGCUCCACUGUUAAUGUACCACAGUCGACACUGACUCUGCGUGCGUACCUGCACUCCCUACUCUCUUCGUCAACCGUCAUAGCCUCUUCUCCCGUUCUCCAGUCGUUUCUUCUCUCCAACCCUACGACACUUUCUCCCUCCGAGUUCGAUGACGCCCGACAGCGUGAAGAGGCAGACCGUGUCAGAGAGGAUGGGCGAAAGCGAUUCGCUAAGGAGAUUGCGAACCGCGUAGAUGGGCUCAGAGAGGCCGUUAAGAGCGUUAAGGGAGACGUCAUGGGCGAACACGGUUUGACGAACGUGUUUGCCACCGUUAAGGUGACUCCCGAUAUCCGAUCUUUACCGGCCAACUACCAGGCCGUGCUGGAAUGGGCACGAAUAUCGCUGGCUUCAACUGUAUUUCACCAAUUUGUCGCCUCAGACAACUCUUCCGAGACAUUUGCAAGCCUGAAGCGAUUGCACGGUCUCAUGCCAUAUUUUAUGCUCAAGGCCGCACUCAAAAUCUCGAAUCCUAUCGGAAUGAUACGAAGUGUCCUUGAUCUCUUUCUAGCACAACCGUUUGGGGGUAGGUCACUGCUACAGAGAAUGUUCUCCGGAUCCCUCACAGAAGAGGCCAGAGCAUUGGAAGAAGAGAUUGAAGCUGUUAAAGUCAAGGUUGACGAUCCAGUAAUGUGCGAGAAGGUUCGCCUCUUUAUUUAUGGACCGAGGGAAAUCCAAGACAUGUACAAAGCGGAUGCUGUCAAAGAGAAAAUGCCGCUGCUAACUGUUGUACUUCGCUCUGGGGAUGAGCCAGUACUAAUGCGCGCUCAAUUGCAUCGUGUUGCCAAGGCACAUCGGGCACACGGGAUCUACAUGCGAUAUCGCGAAAGCUUGGACGACUCUGAUGAUGACGAUGGGCCGAUGGAUGAAGAUGCGUGGCUAUAUGAAGAUCUGAAGGUACUCGCGUCCUUGUACGCAAGACUAAGAGAUCGAGAGCAGUUAAUUGCGUUGAUAUUUGAGGGCUUUACAUCAGAUCUACUGAAGGAUAUCAUUACGAUCUUCUACACACCACUGGCGACCGUUUAUCGUGCAGCGUCAAUAGCGGAUUCUUUGGGCGAUUUACAGAGUUUUGUGAAUGAUUUGAUUAAGACUGUGGAGGGUGUAGAGGAGUUAAGCCAAGAGGACCCAAAUCGCACAGUUCAAGCGUUCAUUGACCUCAUCCAGCGGCAUGAGCAAUCAUUCUAUCAGUUUGUGCAUAAAGUGCAUUCUAAGGGAGAAGGUCUUUUCGACAGCUUAAUGCGGUGGAUAGAACUGUUCAUCACCAUCAUUCGCGAAGGAAUCUCGACAAGUAACAAUCCUAUCAGUCUGGAAUUCUUGCUUCCGCAGUCUGCUGCGGAGAGAAAGCUGAUUAUGGAUGAAGUGGACAAAGUUGCGGUAUAUCACUACAAGACGAAAUUGUUGUAUGAAGAGAAGGUUCGACGAAGAUUCGCCGGUGGUCAAGCUGCGCAGGGAGAAGGCGAAAGGGAAGAGGAGGAAACGAGGAGAAUGGUUGAUGGGGUCGUGGGCGAGAUAAGCUUCGGGGAACUGGUUAGCGGUGAUGUAGAGGAACUGAGAGCUGAGGAAAGUGACGAUGAAGAGAGUGACUCUGACUCUGACGAGACCGAAUCCGACAGCACAGAGGAUACCGAGACUGAUUCCGACUCAGAGUCAGAGAGUACAGAAGAGAGCCUACCUAGUCGACCUUCCAGGAUGCAUACGAUCCCUAGUCCUCAACCCAGGAAAAGUCAGACCGUAGAUGAUGGGGGAACGGUUACGCCGAGACAACGGAGUUUGUCUUUGCGUCGUUCGUUUAGCGACAUCAAAGCCGUGGUGGCAGGGAGAAAACGAGAGAGGGAUAGUGUGCCACCUAUGCCGCCGAUUCCAAAGAGCGUCGCGGCUGCUAUGAAAAAGCCCCUACCUCCGAGUCCGGUAGGAUCACCUGGGCCUAGUCCGACGCCUUUGAAAGCGUCGUUUGAUUCAUCCAGGUCAAUCAAUUCGUCCAGGUCUUCUCUUAAUUCGUUCAAGCAACUGCCGCGGGCACCAGGAAAAUCUUCCAUGGACUCUUCCAGGUCCAUUGAUUCUGUGGGGCCGCUUUCUCCGACGUUAUCAGCGUCGCGGACACUCGCUUCUGGGUGUUCAAGGUCGUCUAUUGAUUCGAGCACUUCUCGCACACCCAAGAAGCCCAAGACGAAGCGGAAAAAGAAACGUGUUGAGACAAUCAAGCCACCAGAUUUGGUACAUAUUCCUAAUCUGCUGCCCUUGUUCAAAGAGAUGAUGCGGCCACACCUUCGUACAAGGGCUAAGACUCCGAGGAUUAAUGGUUCAUGAGAUGCUAGUAGAAUGAUAUUAUAUAGUGCUUGUAGCGACUGGGAAGUUCUACAUUGUUUGUGUAUCUUAUAGCAGUAGGUCAACUAAUGGAAACGGAUACCCAAAA